GAGACGCUUGGGAGGUGCAGCCGGCGGGGGAGUACGCAGGCGCAGGCGGCUGGCCAGUGGUCCAAGGUGGGUAGUCUCCAGCUGCAAUGGAUUGGGAGCUGGAAAAGGGAAGAGAAGUCAGGGAGAAGAAGAGGCUAACAUGACUGGUACCAUUAUAAUUUAGUGAACCGCCCGUUUUCUAAAGGGGAGCCCAAAGAAAGACUGGUCAUCUUUUGCAAAUCUCAAAGCCAUGGCUCAGGGAUCCGUGUCAUUCAAAGAUGUGACUGUAGACUUCACUCCAGAGGAGUGGCAGCACCUGGAUCCUGCUCAGAAGACUCUAUACAUGGAUGUGAUGUUGGAAAACUAUUGCCACCUCGUUUCUGUGGGGUGUCACAUGACCAAGCCUGAUGUGAUCCUCAAGUUGGAACGAGGAGAAGAGCCAUGGACAUCAUUUACAGGUCAUACCUGCUUAGAAGAAAACUGGAAAGCUGAAGACUUUUUAGUGAAAUUCAAGGAACAUCAAGAUAAGUAUUCUAGAUCAGUUGUAUUCAUCAACCAGAAAAAACUGAUGAAGGAGAACAGUACUGCACACGAAAAGACAUUUACUUUAGGCAAAAACUCUGUUAAGUUAAAAAAUCUACCUCCUGAAUAUGACACUCAUGGAAAGAUUUUUAAAAAUGUUUCAGAAUUAAUCAUCAGUAAUCUAAGUCCUGCAAGAAAGAGACUUAGUGAGUAUAAUGGAUAUGGGAAAUCACUCCUCAAUACUAAGCCAGGGACAGCUCAUCCUGGAGUCAAAUCCCAUAAUCAACGUGGCAGGGUUGUCCGUCAUACUGAAGUGCUUAUGCAAUAUCAUAAGAUGGAAACUCCACAGUCAUUUGGAUAUAACGACUGUGAGAAAUCCUUCCUUAAAAAAGGAGACUUAAUAACACAUAAUAGAGCUUACAGAAGGGAAAACCCAUCUGAAUAUCAUAAAAGGAGAAGAGCAACCAAUAUUGAAAAGAAACAUACAUGCACUGAAUGUGGGAAGUCCUUCUGCAGGAAGUCAGUAUUAAUUCUGCAUCAGGGAAUUCACACAGAAGAAAAACCCUAUCAAUGUCAUCAAUGUGGAAAUUCAUUUAGAAGGAAGUCAUAUCUCAUCGAUCAUCAGAGAACUCACACAGGAGAGAAACCCUUUGUUUGUAAUGAAUGUGGUAAGUCCUUCCGCCUAAAGACAGCCCUCACUGAUCAUCAGAGAACACAUACAGGGGAGAAAUCAUACGAAUGUCCACAAUGUAGGAAUGCCUUCAGAUUGAAGUCACACCUGAUUCGUCAUCAGAGAACUCAUACAGGAGAGAAACCAUAUGAGUGUAAUGACUGUGGGAAGUCCUUCCGCCAGAAGACAACACUCUCUCUACAUCAAAGAAUUCAUACAGGAGAGAAACCCUAUAUUUGCAAAGAAUGUGGCAAGUCCUUUCACCAGAAGGCAAACCUUACUGUACAUCAGAGAACUCAUACAGGGGAAAAACCCUAUAUUUGUAAUGAAUGUGGGAAAUCCUUCUCCCAGAAGACAACCCUUGCGCUUCAUGAGAAAACUCAUAAUGAGGAAAAACCCUACAUUUGUAAUGAAUGUGGGAAGUCCUUCCGCCAGAAGACAACCCUCGUAGCACAUCAGAGAACACAUACAGGGGAAAAAUCCUAUGAAUGUCCUCACUGUGGGAAGGCCUUUAGAAUGAAGUCAUACCUCAUUGAUCACCACAGAACUCACACAGGAGAGAAACCAUAUGAAUGUAAUGAAUGUGGGAAAUCCUUCAGCCAGAAGACAAAUCUCAAUCUACAUCAAAGAAUUCAUACAGGGGAGAAACCCUAUGUUUGUAAUGAAUGUGGGAAGUCUUUUCGCCAGAAAGCAACCCUCACUGUACAUCAGAAAAUACAUACAGGUCAGAAGUCCUAUGAAUGUCCUCAGUGUGGGAAAGCCUUUAGCAGGAAGUCAUAUCUUAUUCAUCAUCAAAGAACUCAUACAGGAGAGAAACCAUAUAAAUGUAAUGAAUGUGGGAAGUGCUUUCGCCAGAAGACAAAUCUCAUUGUACAUCAGAGAACUCACACAGGGGAGAAACCCUAUAUUUGUAAUGACUGUGGUAAGUCCUUCAGUUAUAAGAGAAACCUCAUUGUCCAUCAAAGAACUCACAAGGGAGAAAACAUGGAAAUGCAAUAAAUGAUGUGAUUUCUUUGUGAAGCCUUUUCAAGUUAUUAUAAACCUUUAGUUUAAAAAAGAAAGCAUGCUUAAACAUGUUAAUAAGGUUACUUUAAUCACAAAUCUAAUAAUAGUUAUUAAUUUAAAGUACUAUACCAUAUAACUAUUUCCUGUUUACUAGCAUAUAAAAUGGGUAUGA